GCCCCUCUAUAAGGCAGGAGGAGAUGCGCUCGAUCCUUUUACCGGGUUGCAUAUGAAACACGUAAACCAUGGCGCAGUUUAGAAGCAGAUAACUGUGGCUGUGUGUGUGUGUGUGUGUGUCUUUGUGGGUGAAUUCACUGCAGUCUCUGUGGAUCUGUGGUAGCACGAGACAGGAUGGCGAGGCGCGCGCGCGGAGGGCGCUGUGUGUUCAGCGCGACAUCACUGCCGUACGGCGCGCGCCCUUACAUCGUGUAUUUCAUUGUGCUUUUGCAGUGCACCGUCUUCUGCCUCCACACAGCGCACGCGGGCGUGCUGAGCAGUUUGGAGCGCUAUGAGGUCACUUACCCUCAGUGGCUGAAUCCCAGAAGCAAAAGAGCAGCUCAUACACACACAAAGCAUCCUUCAGUGGCAAACGUCAAGAUUACUGCAGAGGGAAUGGAGCUGGUUCUCCAACUCCAGAGAAACGAAGAGCUCUUGGCCACUAAUUAUCAAGAGAUAUGGUACGGACCAGACGGUGCACGUUAUUUCUCUAAGCCAUCUAUUAAGGAUCAUUGUUAUUAUCAUGGCACAGUGAGAGGAGUGAAGGAAUCCAGUGUUGUUGUCAGCACUUGUUCUGGACUCAGGGGCAUGAUCGCCUUGAAUGGCAGUGCUGUGUACAUGAUUGAGCCUCUGGCCAAUCACAGUGUCUCUCAGGGCCAUGCCGUGUUUCGGGCUGAGAGCCUGAAAAUACCUAUGAGUACCUGCAGCCAGCACCGUGGAGUAAAGAACCACACAGAGAGACUGGAUGAGCUGAUUGGUGGGAUUGCACAGGCUGGUCAUGCAUCUAGGGUAAAGAGAGAUGUCAAUCGCAGUAUGAAGUAUGUGGAGCUGAUGUUGGUGGCUGAUCACACUGAGUUUUUAAAACAUGAUAGAGACCUGGAGAAGACAAAGACAAAGCUUCUUGAAGCUGCUAACUAUGUCGACAAGUAUUACAGAACCUUGAACAUCCGUGUUGCCCUGAUCCUGCUGGAGAUUUGGAAUGACAGGGAUAAGAUCAAUGUAACACAGAACCCGUUUAGCACUCUAGAGGCCUUCCUGACCUGGAGGAUGAAGCAGUUGCGACAGAUGCCAAAUGACAACGCACAGCUCAUCACGGGUGUGGCUUUCCAGGGUACCACGAUAGGACUGGCUCCUCUUAAAACCAUGUGCUCAGAAUAUCAGUCAGGAGGAGUUAACGCGGACCACUCUGAGCUAGCAUUUGGGGUUGCUGCCACCAUGGCUCAUGAGAUGGGGCAUAAUUUUGGGAUGAACCAUGACAGCGAGGGCUGCUGCCAGACCCAUCCAAAUGAUGGAGGAUGCAUCAUGGCUGCAGCUACUGGGCACCCAUUCCCUCGUGUGUUUAACCAGUGUAACCAGGCAGAGCUGAAGCGCUAUCUGAGCUCAGGUGGUGGGAAAUGUCUGUUUAAUCUUCCAAACACACGUGUAAUGUACGGAGGCCAGCGCUGUGGCAACGGCUACCUUGAGGAAGGGGAGGAGUGUGACUGUGGAGAGGAGGAGGAAUGUUCCAGUCCAUGCUGUAACGCCAAUAACUGCACGCUGAAAGCAGGUGCUGAGUGUGCCGAUGGCAUUUGCUGUGAGAACUGCAAGCUGAAGAGUCCAGGAGUGCUUUGUCGCCCUUCCUCAGGUUCCUGUGACCUGCCUGAGUAUUGUGACGGUAAAUCAGAGUCCUGCCCUGCAAAUUUCUAUCUGAUGGACGGCAGCUCCUGUGCACAUGGCAUUGCUUACUGUUACACAGGCAUGUGCUUGACCUUGGAGCAGCAGUGCCGCUCUCUCUGGGGGAAAGAUGCACAGUCUGCUCCGGAUCUGUGCUUCACUGAGGUAAACAGGGCUGGAGAUCUCUAUGGAAACUGUGGGUACCUCAUGGGUAAAUACAGGAAGUGCAAUGAGAGGGAUGCUAAAUGUGGCAAGAUACAAUGUCAGAGUGCUGCUAAGAAGCCUAUUGGAACCAACGCAGUGUCCAUAGACACCACUAUCCGCUUUGGAGAUCAUUCGGUCCAGUGUCGAGGUACGCAUGUCUAUCGGCCUGGCAAGGGAGAGGACAGUUUGGGGGAUACGCUCGACCCUGGGCUGGUGAUGACCGGAACCAAGUGUGGGGACAAUUCGAUAUGUUUUGGUGGUGAGUGUCGCAAUGCAUCCUUUCUGCAGGCGGAUAAGUGCAAUGCCAAGUGUCGUGGUCAUGGGAUGUGUAACAACAAUCAUAACUGCCACUGUGACACUGGCUGGGCACCGCCUUACUGUAAGGAAAAGGGAAAUGGUGGCAGCAUUGACAGUGGCCCUGUUACACCAGUUAAAAGUCAUUUACUUGCUUUCCUGGUGCCCCUAUCUGUCGUCUUAACCUUGGUAUUGGGAAUGGUGGUCUGUUGGUGCUGCAAGCAGAAGCUUCAUACUUUGAAAAACAUGGCUCACCCCCCUCGUCAGACAUCCAUUAAUGUCCAAGCUUCAUCAGACUCCAGAACUGUUGCUAGUGGUCACGCCAACCCAACAUUCCAGCUAAAGAAACCGAAUACGGACAAAACGGAGGCUAGCAAGCAGCCAAAUCCAGAUGGUUCACCGAGACAAAGACCAUCCGUUGUCCGGCCUAUGGCCAAACCACCACCAGUCCCAGCAUACGCACUCCAGCAAAAGAGUCCUUCACUCCCAGAAACCAGCUCCAGCCCGUACCCAUCUCCCUCAGUGGCACCAAAACCUCGACCAAACCCUCCAUGCAGACCUCCUCCACCUCGUCCUGAUACCAAACUUAAUCAGGUCAAAAAGGAAGAUCCAUUUAGAAAAGGACCUCAAAUAUCGCCAGCAUUGUUGCAGAAUGGCAAGUCCAAUUUAGCGCCCUCUGCUGGAUAUCUCAGGAAUCAGACUAAAGCCGGAGGAAGCUGAGUCUUUGCCAGAACUUCGGAGAGAACGGGCAUUACUCUUCUAUGCAGAGGACUCUCAAAACGGCAUACUGAAACAACCUGCAACUUUUAGGCGUGUUUACAUUUUCAGCAUUGGCUGUGGAGACUGCCUACAUCCAACACCAUGUUUGCCUAAUACACUUGAAACCUGAAGUGUAAUAUACGUGUGGCAUUUAACUUUGCUUCGGUACUCUUCCGAUGCUCACGUGCCAUAUUUGUACAGGUUCUUUUAUACCUAUUUAUUAAAAAGACUGUACAGAACAGGAACAAGAGACACAUGUUCUAGAUGUUUCAGCAUGCACAUUCAGAAUAUUCACAGUAUGUCAUGCUUAAAGUAGACUGCACGCAGUAUUGAAAAACAAUGACACUUUGUGUGAGCAACACACUUUAACUGGAAUAUCGGACAUGUGUUUUGCAGUUGGUAUAUGAAAAAAGGAAAUGUAUAGCAAUAAUAGUCAGGAAAAAAUGUGAUUCGUUGUAAAGAGUUUUUGCAGUAGACUGUUUUGUACUUGUGUUUUUCCCUACUGCCUUUUCUGCUUCGCUUUUAUUUUACCGCUAAAUUUAUCAGGAGAAUAAUUGUAAUGCUGGACAUUGUAUAUGUACACAAUGCAAAAGUUUCAAUUGUAAAUAUUCUGUAACAAUCUAGUGAGGUAAUGCUUUUUAUUGACAUUUUUGACUUAAUGCUUUUCUUUUUGACAAAUGGAGAACUUGACAAAAUGCACCUUAUGCUGUUUACAAUAAGGGCAUCAGGGAAUGUACAGACGACACAUUGUAAAGUAAAGACAUUUAGCUUUAAAAUGUUUGUUUGCUAUGAUAAGCAAAAUAAGGUUCUCUAAAAGUACUUCUUCUUAAUACCAUCACAGUUCAUACGGCUUUUUUCAUCUUCAUCUGCCAGCUGAACAUUUCUUCUGUGAAAACAGCUAGAUUUUAAUGGAGGUGUCAUCAAUUUUGUUUAUUAUAGUAAUGUUACAUUUGUAAAUGCUCAAAAUCUAACAUGGUGUAUAUGGUUUAAUCAGCAUACAUCCUAACAGCUGAAUGGGCCGAGGAGUAAUUAUUAUUUUUUAUUCCUUCUUUAAUUUGAAAGACUGAAUUUUUUUUGUUUGUUUCCAUUUUUCUUCUUUUACACUUUAAAGUUAUGUAAAUCAAGCAUUAGAGGAAUGUUGAUUGACUGUGUCAAUGUGCAGGUAUAUCCAUGCCAUAAACUAGGGACCAUGUAAAAAGAGUAAAAACACUGUGAACCUUGUGAUCAUGCCUAUUAAACAUAUAACAGCAUUUAAAUAUAACUGGAAGGACCAUUCCAAUGAUGCCUAAGAUAAUGUAGUGCUAUGGACUAAUGAUAAUCUGUUGUCCUCGGUUCUUUGGUUUACACGGACCGUGUGAGACAUGCACUUUCUGUUAUUAAGGGAAAAUGUAAUUGUGUUAUUGUAAAAAAAAAAAAAAAUGUAAGUGUUAUUUUAAACUAAUCAUGGAAUUGGAUUGAGCCAAUGCCAUGGAAAGAAGAUUGUUGCAAAAGCAGAUCAAAUAAAGCUUGAGGA